AUGGAACUCUUUGUCAUUUCUCCUUCGCAGCGAUUUAUCAAUUUGAGUUUUUCCCCCGGCUCGUCCGUCCGUGAUUUGAUCGCGGUUCUUUCUUCUAAAGAGGGUAUCCCGUCGGAUGAUUGCUAUGUGAAGAACAAUGGCCGCAUAUCGGGACAAGACGAUGAACUCAAAACCGGAGCGGUGUACCGUGUGGAGCAUCGCCUGUGUGGUGGAAAAGGAGGCUUUGGCUCCAUGCUGAGAGCUCUUGGGGCUCAGAUAGAGAAGACCACCAAUCGUGAAGCAUGCAGAGACCUGAGUGGGAGAAGACUCCGAGAUGUCAACCACGAGAAAGAAAUGGCAGAGUGGCUGAAGAAACAGUCGGAUCGCGAAGCGGAGAAGGAGCAGCGGCGUCUGGAGAAGCUGCAGAGGAAGCUGGCGGAGCCUAAACAUUACUUCACUGACACAGACUACGAGCAGCAAUGUCACGACCUGUCUGAACGUCUGGAAGAUUCCGUCCUGAAAGGCAUGCAAGCUUCUUCAAGUGGACUGGUUAAAGCUGAUGAAGGUCCCAGCCGAAAACGGCCAAAUGUAAACAAAGAGGCGAAAUAUGGAAAGAAGAAAUGCUUUUGGACCGGUAUUGAAGGGCUUGAUGAUGUGGCCAGCUCAGAGGAAAGCAGUGAUGAAAGUGAAGGAGAGAACUCGCCCUCCUCAUCUGCAUCCUGCAGUUCAGGGGGAGCUGUAGCAGCAUACUCCACAUCCACUGGUCCAGACAGGGCAGAGUCCCAGGAGGAGAAGCCUUGUACCAGCUCUUCAUCCAGCUCAGGCUCCAGCUCUCCCAAAGACCACCAUGAGAACGAUGUACGGGAAAAGCAGGAAAACGAGGACAAGACAGAAAGGCGGCCCAACGCUGAGGAAAUUACGCAGAGCACUGGUAAUGCUGAAGAGAGAGGCGAACCCACCCAAACAGAGACCAGCAUGAGGGAGACAGACUGCCCUCCAGUGGAGAGCAAAGAUAAACAGCCACCACAACCAAUGCAGGAUGAUGGGCCUUUGGACCUGCAGGCAGUGAGGACGGUGGAGGAGCUGGAGGCGUUGGGUCUGGACAGACUGAAGAGAGAACUGAUGGAGCGAGGGAUGAAGUGUGGAGGAACGCUGCAGGAGCGCGCCGCCCGUCUUUUCUCCAUCCGAGGACUGACUCCCGAUCAGAUAGACCCCGCCCUUUUGGCAAGUUCCACCAAGGGCAAGAAGAAAUAACCUGACUACCCAACCUAAUCACAGAGAUGGACUUGGGUUGUUGAUGGUGUUAUUUGUUUUUUGAAUACGGGGUCGGAUUGAUAUUUUUUUGGUUUUAUAAAAAUGUUAUCAAUAAUGUUAAGCUGUUUAUUUUUACAUUUUAUAGAAUACACACUUUCAUCAUUAUUGAGAAAUGUUAGUAAUUUUGUACAUGUUAUAUGCAGGGAACUAGCCAUACUGAUGGAGAGAGGAUGUUUGAAAAGAGUUUUUUUGUUUAUGUCGCCCAGAAAUUGAUUUAGUGAAGGUGCCACAUGGCUGAUAAAAAAUAAACGGCUCAAUCAGACCCUCCCAAAUGCUGUUUUUAUUCUUGCUGUACAGUUUUUGUAAUAUAUUACGAGUCACAGUGAACAGUUUGUGAAUAAGUACAAUUGUAAUUUUUUCCCCCUUGAAUGAUAUGGACCUGUAACCACGUUGCUUUAAUUAUUAGUGUUUCCUGAGAGAUUUUAACAGUUGACAGUGACUCUAAAAACAUGUUUAAUGUUGAGUUACAUGUUGACUUCUGUGCAUUUGAAUGAUGUUGUGAAGAGACAUAUUAGCAAAGGGUACACAAAUGUUUAGAGCAGACACUGCCGCCAUCUGCUUCCGAAUAAAGGAAUUGAGGCAAGAUGUACUGUCUUUUAAUUCUUUUAAUGAU